CCUUGUCUUUCUUCACUCCUUGCUACCUCUUCCUCACUACACUUCCGACACCAUGCGCGUCCUCUCUGUGGCUUCUGCGGCUUGCCUGCUCAUGAUGCAAGUGAAUGCGCUCGCUCCCCCGCUCGUCGGCCGUGACCUCGUUGACGGCUUCGGUUUCGACAAGAGGCAAGACAGCAGCAGCGCGACCACUCAGGCCGCUACCUCGAGCUCGGCCACGUCUGUGGACGUCCCCACUUCCUCCGCGGCGACGACGGAGGUUGCUACGAGCUCCUCCGCGCAGAGCGUCCCGGCCGCCACGAGCUCGAGCGCCACCUCGGAGCCGGCGGGCUCUUUCUCCUCCAGCGCCACUACUCCCGUAGCGACGGGCAGCUCCUCUGUCACCACAGCUGGUGCGACUGGCUCUAGCACCGUUGCCGGGACUGGCAGCGGCGCCCCGGCGUCCUCCGGCUCUGCUGGCGGCAGCGGCACCGCAACCUCAGGCUCCCCGUCUGGGACCGGCACUGGCACUGGGAGCCCCUCCCCGUCCACCACACCCAACGGCGCGCUCGGCUCCCAUGCGAGCGUCGCUGGGGUCAUUGGCGCUGGUGUGAUCGCUGUGGGGGCGGCCCUUCUCUAGGCCUGAUCGUCCGGGCGCAAUUUGGGGUUGUGAUUGUUACGAUGCGAUGCGAAAGCUGCGUGGGGGUCAUUCGCGUUGACUGUGGCUGAUGGACAUUUUACAUCGUUUGCGUACACAUAACGGACAUUUGGACAAUGGAUAUGACAUUUUAUACCUGGCUUCGGG